AUCACAUUUUGCAUCAAAUCAUCUACUGGCCUGGUCUGACCAAUUACUGUUGUCAGAAUCCCAUCUAUUUUCAGGCUGGUCUCAACAAGUCUGUGGCCGCCUCUCCAUGAUUCAACAUCUGCAGGCAACUCCGUGCUAAAUCUCUCAAGCGCAAGGCAGCCUCAUCGGCCAUUUCCAAGAGAAGGCUGUGUACAUUCCACACACCUUCUUCACAUGAUUCUUUUUGAUCUUCGUUUUUGCAUGAGCGUUUGAUAUCUAUGUCCACGACCUGACACCAUCACCCGCAUCGAUGGCGUCCACACCGACUCUGAAUCACACAGACCACUGCGCUGAACUUCCCAAUGAGAUCCUGCUGCUCAUCUUACAGAAUUGUCCACGCUCUACUUUGAAAAAUGUCCGCCUAGCAACCAAGACACUCGAACAGUUGGCCACCCCGGUACUCUGGAGCAAGGUUGUCUUGAUCCCGAAUCUAAAUUGCAUUCAUGGAUUCGUAGAGGCACUCGAAGGAUCCCCGGUCCUUGUUCACAUCACCAAGCUCGUCUACGAUGCCCGAUUCGCGAAAUUCUUUGAGCGGGUCAAGGCCGAAAUCCCACAUGUACCCUUCGUGGACACUACCAGCAGAGAACAUUCCCUCGAUGUGGCAACUCAAGGUCGAUUCCAGCCUCAAGAGGACAUGGGGGUUGAAGUCUCAAUGCUGGCCAAGGCACUACGCUUGUUGCCAAAUUUGCGAGCACUUAGAGUACGAGAGAUUGAAGGCCUCCGCCAUCCCGGCCCUUCCUCUCCCCUUGCCACCUUCAAGAUCCCCUACUACUACCAAAAGAUGUGCAAGAAGUACAGGGUUAUCUUGGAUGCGUCUAAAUAUUCUUCAAUGAGCGGCACUCCAGGCAGGUCGUAUACAAAGGGCAUUCUGACCGCAGCUUAUUCCUCCAACACUCGUCUACACAGCCUGAAGACGAUGAACAUCGACGGUCGCGGCAUGUUCGGACUCGUGGCACCCAGGCCGACCGGCGCAAACCCCCAACUCCGACUCCUUCGAGACGUAUUGCAAGAUCUUCAAGAACUCGAGCUUGGCUUCCAGAAAGAUUCACUAGUCUCAAUGGCGAACAACAUUGAGGCCAUUUCAUUCCUCCUGAAGGCUGCUCGGAAGCUGAAGCGGCUCAGACUGCGCAUGUCAGAUUGCACUUUGACGCGGUGCCAAUUCGUGGCCGACGAGUUCCCCUCCGAUCUUGCAACGCUCCUGGAGACGCCCGCGGCAGGCUGGAUACACCGUCCCCUCGUGCCGAGACUGGAGACGUUGACGCUGGAUGGGUGUGUAUGUCACGACCAGGACCUGCUGCACUUGCUCAAGCUACACAGCGCGACGCUGCGCCACCUCAAACUCUCCCACAUCGCUCUCCUGGGCGUGGGCGCCCGUCGCAAAUGCUGGGUCAACCUCAUCAAGCGCUUCAAGACGGACCUCAAGCUCACCUCCAUCUCGUUCAGCGGCUCGUUCAACAAUGGCGGUCGGCAACAGUGGUUCGUCGCCACUGAUAGCGUCGACCCUAACCGUCUCAAGGCACGCGUUGAGAGGUACGUCGUCGACAAGCGGGUCCGGGAAUGCCCACUGGAGCGCGUGGCCAUCAAACCGGACCAGGCCGACGUCGACAAGCCCGUCAACGGUGAAGAGUGGGAGGGCGACUUGACCUGGACCAUGGUCUACAAUAGCCGUUUCUCCAACCAAGUCGUCUGGGAACUCGCACAACCGUCAUUUGGAAUUUCGUCGUCCAUGAACACUUCCAACCCAUCGUCCGUGGCGGCCGAGGACGAUUCGUUGGCGACGGAUUCCGCUGCCGACGACGACUACAGCUGGUCCGACGGUUGGUACGUCCCUCAUGAUAACAACACCGUGGUUUUGUGCACGAAGAAGAAGCCGCCCAAAGGUCCAGGACUAGUAAUAUCGGAACCUGACAUUUUCAAGACCAUGGUGGAUCUGGUGACAUUCAAGUCCCCGUCACAGUCGUCCUACUCUUCUUCUCAGACGACAACUUCGUCGUGGUACAGUUCGGGUGCAUAGGUACCGAUUUACACACACACAAUUUACUGUGGAAUGGCAGCAUUGGGUUCGGGCACACGGUCAGUAUUUUGUCAGCGGCAUGGCUUGGUGGUAAUGAAGGGCUUUUUAUGGCUUGAAGUCGCAUGGGUGCGGCACUGGGCACGCUUCUUACCAUGGAGGCGUGCAUCGGGAUCCUUUCGAAUCCAAGUGGGAGAAAUGGGAUCUCAAUAGGGCGCAAUCACAGGGAUGGAUGAUACAAAAGAUCCAGGAAUUGACGAUUGUAUGAAUUGGACGACAAAUUGGCAAAAGGACAUGAUUAUGAUGAUGACCAUGUUUUUGGGGGGAACCGGCACUGUGCUCAAUAUGAUUUUCAUAGGUGGUGAUGGCGUAUACAGAUGCUCUGGACUUUGCUCUUUCGCUUUCAAAAAUCUUUCUUUCCG